AUGGCUCAUACAGCUGGGUGUUAUUGCAUUGCGAUUGACCCACUUGGAAGGUAUUUUGCUGUUGGAAGUGCCGAUUCCUUGGUCACCCUGUGGGGUAUCUCAGAGAUGCUCUGUGUUCUUGUGUAUACUUUAAUCAUCAGCAUCCCUAUUCCUGGAAUGAUAUCUGUUUGUACCUUUCUCAGAUUGCCUGUGAGGACAAUAAGCUUCAACAACACUGGAGAGUAUCUUGCUUCUGCCAGCGAAGACUUAUUUAUUGAAAUAGUUCCUGUGGCAAAUGGAAGUGGAUCAUAUCCCUUUUCUGUGGAUGUUCCACGAAACACAAGGUUCUUGUUCUCCAAUAAAACAGUUACCCAAGCGAAGGCCAUUGCAAAGUCAAAUGUCUAUUUGCUAAAGCCUGGUAGCUCGGCACAGGAGCACUUUGAAAAUUGGUCAACCUCUUAG